AUGGCUUGUGUUGCAACCGAAUGCGAUGUGGCAGCUUCCGUGGACAGCAUCUUGAAGGAUGCGCAAAAACGUAGGACAAGUUUCACUGAGGAAUGGCGGAUUCGUCAUGAGCAGCUCAUCGAUGCAAUUCGGACCCUGCAUAGGUGUGCCGAACACCCUGCUGAGGCCCUCACACACCCCGUCAUGCCCCCGAUAGACGCCGUGGAGGUCGACCACAAUCGGCGGUUUUCGGCGGACGAGGAAAGCGGGAAUGCAUCGACAGCGCACGUGCGCUUCGCGAAGGGCACGGAAGCAGGCAAUCCGUCGCCAUCCUCCGCGCUCCACGACCAGGCUGUUGAGUUGGAAAAGCUUCAGCGGCAGCUGCAGGCCACUUUCCAGGCAGAGAAAUGUGCAGAAGUCGCAUCGCCGUGUCUGAACAGACGUUCAUUUUCGUCAUUGUCAACUUGCGCCACGGUCAUCAGAUCCCCCUCAGCUUCGGGGAGUGAGAAAGGCAUCCCUGCCAAUCUGCAUCGAGCCGCCAGUGGAAAGCUUCCGCAGGGCAGGAAGCAGAACACGAAGGAUCAGCCUCAUCGCCCGAAGGGCGGCCAACGGACCAAAGAGGCGAAGGCUUCCUGCGGCGAUGAAGUCCAGCGGCGCUCGCAAGCCAGGAUUCCCAAAGCUGCCUGCAGAGGACCUCCAGUCUCGGCGAGGUCUCAGAGAGAACCAGUCCGGGUGGCCGAGCCUUCGCGGGAGGCGAAGAGCUUGAGUCCCAAAAGGACCCUUUGCUGCGCGCCUGCGCAGCCAAGGCCUCGGUGUUCGCCCUGCCCAGGUCAGCGGAGUCCGCAGCCGGCGAACUGGCUGCCUGGAAGACGCCAGGUUGGUGCCCCGAUUGAUCUCCCGAGACAGUCUGUGCGAACUCGCCUGCAGGGGCGAAUGGCGACGACAGCAUCACACACAGGUGCUGCCAGAGGUUGGAGCCCAGACAAGGGGGCAGAGAUUUCUGCUGGACUUCCACCGGAAGCAGCGGAUGUGAGUUGCAAGCUGAGACUCGCUGGCCAUGACCGAGGAACCAGCCUUUCUUUCAACCCAAUAGUUAAUGCAAGCAGCACCACCUCCACGACUUCGCAUGUGUCAUCAUCGCCCGUGUAUACACCCCAACUGGUGACAAGGUCAGUUGGUCAGCCCAGCACAAGUCUGAGCCCGGUGAUGCUGGCUCCGGUUCCUUGCACCUGGGCGGUAAGGCCACCUGGCCUUGGGAUCGCAUUGACGAAGGCUUUCAGCACAACAUCCCUUCACAGCAAUGCAGGAUCAGCCAAGAAGGAUCUGGUUCGACUUUGA